AUGACAGCCAAAGAGGUGGAGUUGACAGGCGGUGCGCCGUGGGGCUUCCGCAUGCAUGGUGGCGCCGAUCAAAAUCAGCCACUCAGGAUCUCGAGGCGUUACAGCGAUACUCACGAACGGAACCUUGAUGUGAAUCCAGGACGCAAAGCAUCGCUGAGUGGCAUCCGAGAGGGCGAUGUCAUAUCAUCAAUCAAUGGGCGGCCUACUAAAGGGAUGAGCAAUUCUGAUGCUCAUGCGAUGCUGAGAACAGCUGGUCCGAUGUUGAAGCUCGGUUUGAACGAGGACAGGGAUGUGUCACCGCGAAGAAGAUCAAUUGGGAAAGGCAGCGAGCUGAAAAGACCAUCACAAUUGAUUGCUGAAGUGCAAAGCGACAGAGCUACACCUCAACCUCCUGUUUAUGCGACUAUUCGACCGUCUCAGUCACCACAAUAUAAACCAUCCCCAUCACCUAUUAGAGCUUCUCUAAACUCUUUACCUGCGGCGCUCAACUCUACCUCACUUGUGCAGUCGGUGGUCCAAAAAGAAGAACCUGUAAGAUUUCAUCCAACAAAUCCAUUUUUCACCACUCUACCUUCAAAUUAUUCGAGUGCAUCAAAAUUACCUGUACCUAAUGGCAGAACAUCUCUCUCCAGCUUAGAUAGAAAUAAAAUUAAAACCUCUUCGUCAUACAUUGACUCAAGUUCUGACUUAAAGUCUUCAUCGCCUUUUUCAAGAACAUCCAAUUCAGGCCCUCAUAGUCUUCCAUUCUCUUAUCAUAAUGAAACUCAAAAUACCAAUGGAAAUGUAAAUUACACAACGCCAUCGAUUAACAAAGAGAAAACUGACCAGGUAUCUUACAGUCGGCCCGCAGAUCAAUUUCACGAUAAAAAUCUUCCAGGUCACGGGCAAAAUAAUACCAAAAACCCAUUUGAAACUAAAAGAAACAGUGAUCCAUUUGAAAAAUAUUUACGUCCUAACAAUGACUUUAAUGAAAAACCUGACUCUGAAAGUAAAACCAUGUCCAACUCUGUCAGCGACAAUAAUUUUCAUUUGAAUGAAAAUAUUACAAAACGGUCGACAUUUAUUGAAGAAAAGAUAAGCGAAGUUGAAGAAGUAAAGACUAUAAAAAAGAUAGUACUGAAUGGAUGUGAUAACAAAGACAAUCAAAACGGGCAUUCAUUAAAAUUCGAUUCGCCAUCAGCAAACGGUGAAGGCAAGAACUCAGAUGGUCAGCCUUUUCCGAGGAGUGAUAGUUUGUUGUGUCAUCAAUCACCAAGAUGUGAAAGCGUGCUAUCAACCCCGAUACAUGACCGAAACGAAUAUUUGAAUACGUUCAAUCAGGAUGAAAGGGACUGCACCUCUACGAGAAUGUACGCGUCAGCUCACAAAGGAAACCGAUCAGCGGAAGCGCAAACGAACCCAGUAGUCAGCAAGCCACCGGUGACUUCUCCAGGGACGCCAACCACGGCACCUGUUACCAGCCCCACGUCAAAAAGCACAGAUUGGCUAGUGUUGUCACCCAUACCCGUGACUCUACCUAAGACUGUUAUAGCCCCAUAG